GUGCGGAGGAAUACAGUGAGCCGUACAGCAGUGGUUCGUCCUGCCUGCCCGCCUCCAGCCAGCCAGCCUUCUUGCUCAGUGGCAACCUUCCAUUUCCUCUCUCCCCUGUAGCGUUAGCAGACCAACCUUCCUAACUCAGACAUGGCUGACCAACUAACAGAAGAGCAGAUUGCAGAGUUCAAGGAGGCCUUCUCCCUGUUUGAUAAGGACGGAGAUGGCACCAUCACCACUAAGGAGCUGGGCACUGUCAUGAGGUCACUGGGUCAAAACCCAACUGAGGCCGAGCUCCAGGACAUGAUCAAUGAGGUGGACGCAGAUGGCAACGGAACAAUUGACUUCCCUGAGUUCCUGACGAUGAUGGCGAGGAAGAUGAAGGACACUGAUAGCGAGGAGGAGAUCAGGGAGGCAUUCAGGGUCUUUGAUAAGGAUGGCAACGGUUACAUUAGCGCAGCAGAGCUGCGUCAUGUGAUGACUAACCUGGGGGAAAAGCUGACCGAUGAGGAAGUAGACGAGAUGAUCAGAGAAGCAGACAUCGAUGGAGACGGACAGGUCAACUAUGAAGAAUUUGUUCAGAUGAUGACCGCCAAAUGAACUGGGCUCACAUUAAAGACAAAGAAUCAGUCAAAUGUUUCACUUACCUCUUAUUGCAAAAAUCUACAUUUAUUCAUACCGUUCUGUAUAGACAACUUAAACUGAAUGUUGGAAAACUGAAAAUCUGUCCAUAUAAACAAGCUCAAAAAAGGUAAAAAGACAAAACGGAAAAUUCUAAAUGAAUCUGCAUGUACUGGCUUGUAUUCCCCGCCCCCCAGCGCUGAGCUGCCCAAUCAGAUCUCUACUCGUUAGACAAGCAGCCUCUCUGCAUCUGGCUGGUUUGGCCACUGCUCCUCUGCUUCCUGGUUCCAUCUGCCUGAUGUCCCGAUGAUCAUAUGGGCUGUUCAAUCGCCUUUCUUCUAUGACUUCCUGUUUUCUUUUUUCUGUUCUUCAUGCAUGCAGCUUUAGAUGGGUUACUGUUGAGAGCCCAAUGGAAGAAGGCUGUUGUUUGGCCUCAGGCUGUUCUGGGACCCACAUAGAGGAGGGAGGGGUUAGUUGAAAGAUGGAUGGGAGUGAGUGAAGCAGCAGAACCUUUGCCGUUUGCUUCCCUUAAUGAAGUCCGUGACAAUAGAUAUUUUUAAGAAAUUUUUUAAAAUGGAAUAAAUAAGAACUCAUUUUAGAUUCUGUGUUUAUGGCAUGUCAGGAUACUCACUUUAUCCUUUGUGUGUUUACCUUUUUUGAGGGGGAAGCUUGGGUGGGGCAUAGACUUAAGCCCCUUGGGUGUUGGAUGUGUAUCAGACUUAUUAGAGGGGUUGGGUGGGCUUCAAAGGUGAUGAUAUACAAGAGCGUCUUUGAGGCAAUAUCGAUAUCAUUAAUAUCAGGUUUUGCAGAGUUUGGAGGUUUACAAACGAUGAAUCUGUGGUUAUCACUGAAGCAUGCUUCUGUACUGUAUAUUGCCUCAAAGGUUGCAUGUGUUUCAUGAGUCUGGGGGGUUAAUUUCAGUAGUGGGGACAGGGUCGGUGCUGUGCGGCAUUUCUAUCUUGUGUUUGUGUGUGAGUGUGCGUGCGUCUGUGGGUGCGGCGAGGCCCGGCCCAGUCCAACUGUUCUGUCCAGUUCAGUUGAUCUGCAUUCCAAGUUGUACAAGCUAGUCUUUACAUUUUGUUUUUCCAAUAAAAUACCACGAACUAACAUCUCG